AUGGCGUGUGAAGAAGUACCUUGUGCGGUGAACAACGAUUCCACUGACAAUGUGAACGAUAUUGUCCCUAAAAUUCAUAUGUGGUUUGAUACAAUUGAAGAGGUUAAGAGUUUUUACACUGACUAUGCUGUGAGGAGUGGUUUUGGUGUUCGGAUAAGGACUUCUAGGAGAAAUAAGAACAACGACUUAAUCUUCCUUAAAUUAGUUUGCUCUAGGGAAGGGAAGUACCUAACUUCCAUUGCUCCAGAAUGGAAAACCCAGCCAACUCAGAAAAACCAAUGUCCAGCUGGAAUAACUGUUGUUAUGAAAGAAGGAAGAUGGCAGGUCAGAACAGUUGUUAUUGAACACAGCCAUGACAUGUGUCCAAAUAACUCCAACCUUAUACGUGGUAAUCGAAGAAUUAAUAUGCAUGCGAAGCACACCCUUAAUAUGAAUGAUAAUUCUGGUGUUCGCAUUAACAAAAGUUUCAUAUCUUUGGUGAAUGAGGCCGGUGGGUUUGAAAAUAUGCAAUUCGUGGAAUGUGAUGCCCGUAAUUACAUUGGACAGCAGAGAAGAGCUCUUUGUAAGGAAGGUGAUGGCCAAACACUUUUAAGAUAUUUUUCAAGAAUGAGAGAAUUAAACAAUGAUUUUUUCUAUGAUAUGGAAAUGGACGACGACAACCGAAUAAGCAGUGUCUUUUGGGCCGAUGCACGAAGUCGCGCAGCAUGUGUAGAUUUUGGUGAUGUUGUGUCGUUUGACACAACCUACCUAACAAACAAAUAUGAUAUGCCAUUUGCACCAUUUGUUGGUGUUAAUCAUCAUGGUCAUUCAAUAUUACUGGGUUGUGCUUUGAUUUCUGCAGAGGACACUAGGACAUUCACAUGGUUAUUUUCAACUUGGCUUAGAUGUAUGUCAAACAAGGCUCCUGAAGGUAUCGUGACUGAUCAAUGCAAGGCAAUGUCCAAUGCCAUAAAUCUUGUGUUUCCAAACACAAAACACCGUUGGUGCUUGUGGCACAUAAUGAAAAAAAUACCCGAGAAGUUGCAAGGCUACAAAUGCUAUAAAGCAAUCAAAAGUGAACUUAAGAGGCUUGUGUAUGACACAGUCAAUUAUGAAGACUUUGAGUUAGGCUGGGCAAAUUUGAUGUCAUGUCAAGGGUUAGAGAAUAAUGAUUGGCUAAAUUCAUUGUAUGCAGAUAGACAACGAUGGGUUCCUUGUUAUAUGAAACAUCAAUUUUGGGCGGGAAUGUCAACUACCCAACGAAGUGAGGGCAUGAAUGCAUUCUUUGAUGGAUUCAUAAAUUCAAGUACAACACUUCAACAAUUUGUGCACCAGUACGAUAACGCCCUGCGACAAAAAGCGCAAAAAGAACUUGAGGCCGAUUUUUCUUCAAUGAAUACGACUCUACCAUGCGGAUCUCAAUCUCUUAUUGAAAGACAAUACCAAACCGAGUACACACAGGCCAAAUUUGUGGAAGUUCAAAACGAAUUUCGGUCACGCAUGAACUGCUUCAUUAAAAACAUGACAAAAGAAGGUACAAUAACUAGGUACACUGUUAAAGAAGACGUCAUAUGGGAGGGUGAGUGUCGUUCAAAAUUUCAUGUAGUAGUCUUUGAUCCUGUGACAACCGACACUCACUGCAGUUGCCAACUAUUUGAGUUUAGGGGAAUCUUGUGUAGACAUUCGUUAUUGGUCCUAGGGCAGGAAGAUGUGCGUAAUGUACCAACAAAAUAUGUUUUGCAUAGGUGGAGCAAAAACGUCCGUAGAAGACAUACUCUCAUUAAAGCAUCUUACACCAACAACAUUGAAGACCGUAAGAUGCAAAGGUACCAAGCUUUGUGUAAGCGUUUCUAUGACAUCGCAGAGGUUGCUUGUGAUUCUGAGAAUGCAUCUGAUAACUUGCUGUCGGAUUUAAACUGUAUAGCCAAAACUUUGGGUGUAUGUACAUCAACGACAUUGUCGAUGGUCAAUGAUGCCUCUCACAUGGAUGGACGUCUGCAUUGUAAUGAAGACGUUCGACCUAGUUCUGAAAUUGACGGCUUACUUGUGCGCAGUCCUGUAGCUGUCAAACGCAAAGGCCGACCCAGGACAAAAAGGUUGCAAUCAACAGUUGAAAAAAUUACAAAAAAGAAAAAUUCCCAUGCUACUAAAACCAAACAUGCAAGGAAUUCCAAUGAUACAAGUAACCAAGACAUAACGGACGUCCACAAUGUUCAGGAACUUCCAAAUGAGGAUAUGUUUGAAUCUCAAGUCACCCAAUCAGAAUUCAUGCACUUUGCUGCGGCCUUUCAAAAUGAAUUAGGACCGACAUGGUCCUUGCUCGACAACAAUGGUCACACGCAUGUGGUGACUUAUAACAUGGAUACCGUCAAUCCAAGAAUAACUAAUGGUUGGGGUCAAAUGAGAAACAUAUACCCUGAAAGAUUGAACGAUUCCCACAUAAGCUUCGACUAUGUGGGUAAUAAUAAUUUCCAUAUCACCAUAUAUUUCGGUGCUUGCUCCCAAGAGCGUAGGGAAUCCUUUAUUUAUGAUGGUACCAAUUAUCCUGAUACAUCAUUGUUUUCGGUGAAGUUGACAAAAUCACAAGCACGGGGAAGUCAUUUGGACUUGCAAAUUGCAUUUGGGAAUCUUAUCCGGAGCAAAGGCUUGACACAGGUUAUGCUCCUUGGACAGAAGGACGGCGUCAUGUGUAGUGUUUUGGUUUCUGUCACUCGCAAUUCCACAAAGUUUGGCAAAGGAUGGAAGGAAUUUUGCACGGAAUAUGGGUUGAAGGAGGGAGACGUGCUAGUCUUUGAGGUUAACAAUCUUGGAAAUGACAUUUUAGUUGAAGUUUAUAUUAAUGGAUGUCCCUGUACUGUGAUACAUCCAAUCUCAAUGUAA